AUGUGGCGGUCGUCUUCGAGGCUGUCAGGUCGCGUAGCGUUGGUAGCUGGUCAAACCGAAAAAAGCUCUAAGGAACAGUGUAGCGAUUCUCUGCGCGCAAACCGACUGUCUUCGUGCGCGCAGGCCGUCCCUCGGCAUGUGGCGGUCGUCUUCGAGGGCUGUCAGUCGCGUAGCGUUGGCCGUCCUCGGCAUGUGGCGGUCGUCUUCGAGGGCUGUCAGUCGCGUAGCGUUGGUAAGCGGUCAAACCGAAAAAGCUCUAAGUCUAAGAACAGUGUAGCUAUUCUCUGCGCGCAAAACCGACUGUCUUCGUGUGCGCAGGCCGUCCUCGGCAUGUGGCGGUCGUCUUCGAGGGCUGUCAGUCGCGUAGCGUUGAACAGUGUAGCGAUUUUCUGCGCGCAAACCGACUGUCUUCGUGCGCGCAGGCCGUCCUCGGCAUGUGGCGGUCGUCUUCGAGGCUGUCAGUCGCGUAGCGUUGGUAAGCGGUCAAACCGAAAAAGCUCUAAGUCUAAGAACAGUGUAGCGAUUUUCUACGCGCAAACCGACUGUCUUCGUGCGCGCAGGCCGUCCUCGGAAUGUGGCGGUCGUCUUCGAGGCUGUCAGUCGCGUAGCGUUGGCCGUCCUCGGCAUGUGGCGGUCGUCUUCGAGGCUGUCAGUCGCGUAGCGUUGGUAAGCGGUCAAACCGAAAGCUCUAAGUCUAAGAACAGUGUAGCGAUUUUCUGCGCGCAAACCGACUGUCUUCGUGCGCGCAGGCCGUCCUCGGAAUGUGGCGGUCGUCUUCGAGGCUGUCAGUCGCGUAGCAGGUCAAACCGAAAAAGCUCUAAGUCUAAGAACAGUGUAGCGAUUUUCUGCGCAAACCGACUGUCUUCGUGCGCGCAGGCCGUCCUCGGCAUGUGGCGGUCGUCUUCAGGCUGUCAGUCGCGUAGCGUUGGUAAGCGGUCAAACCGAAAAAGCUCUAAGUCUAAGAACAGUGUAGCGAUUUUCUGCGCGCAAACCGACUGUCUUCGUGUGCGCAGGCCGUCCUCGGCAUGUGGCGGUCGUCUUCGAGGCUGUCAGUCGCGUAGCGUUGGUAAGCGGUCAAACCGAAAAAGCUCUAAGUCUAAGAACAGUGUAGCUAUUCUCUGCGCGCAAACCGACUGUCUUCGUGUGCGCAGGCCGUCCUCGGCAUGUGGCGGUCGUCUUCGAGGCUGUCAGUCGCGUAGCGUUGGUAAGCGGUCAAACCGAAAAAGCUCUAAGUCUAAGAACAGUGUAGCGAUUUUCUGCGCGCAAACCGACUGUCUUCGUGCGCGCAGGCCGUCCUCGGCAUGUGGCGGUCGUCUUCGAGGCUGUCAGUCGCGUAGCGUUGGCCGUCCUCGGCAUGUGGCUGAAGUCUUCGAGGCUGUCAGUCGCGUAGCGUUGCGCAAUAUCUAUCUAUCUAUCUAUCUAUCUAUCUAUCUAUCUAUCUAUCUAUCUAUCUAUCUCCGCUUUCUCUCUUUCUAUAUAUAUGUGUGCGCGUGA